AUGUGCUACGGAAUCAUGUCAUAUUCAUGCUCCCACAGCAUCAAGAAACGCUUCACCUGCCGGGAAGUCCCCAAAGACGCGCCCUGGAGCUGCCACGCCGUCAUGACAACCCUCUGCGGCGCCCGCCCCGGCGAGCAAUGCGACCAGAUCCGCGCAGACAAGCACUUCAACGUCCCCCACAGCUGUCCCGACUGCCAGGCCGCCGACGAGUCCGGCGCUCUCCCGCACAGCCGUACCACCCAUAACCGCUUCAAAUCACAGCUGGGGCCCGACGGUCUGCGUGCCUCGCGCCUGCGCAAGGAGGCGGCGGACAAGAAAAAGGAGGCGGAGCGCGCCGCGUACCGGGACGAUCGCAUCGCCGGGCAAAUCGCCCGCCGGAACGCUACCGCUUACCUUGACCACCCGCCCAUGCAGAUGCCGUCUGUCAUCAGUGUUCCGCUGGGUAACCGGGCAAUGAGCCAGGAACCGUCCUAUGGUGUACUUCGGCCGGGCGCCCUCAGCCCUUUGCAAGUCAUGCCGCCGGCUGCAGACGAUGAGUAUGACCCCGAUGAUGAAUCCGUGAGCGUGAGACGACCCGACGUGGAUCGGUAUGGGUAUGGCCAGUACCGACGGGACGAGCAACAACAGAGCAAACAUGGCAUCGACCCGCAUGGAAGCUACAAAUCUAGGUACGCAUCGAGAGACUUGACGCCGAGCAGACCGGCUCCCCCGAGACCAAACAGGGCAAGACCUGACCCCCUGAGACUGCCCCCUCGUUCUCGUUCUUCGGAUGACUAUGUACCAUCGAUUCCAAUGUCGCCAAUGUCGCCGCUUGACGACGAGCCGAUUCGGCCUCGCCGUGGUCGGCGGGGCUAG